AUCCCGUCCCGGAGGCUUCUUCUUGGACUGCUGUGACGUUUAUAAAAGGCUGCCGCGUUUGUUGGUAGUAAGUCAAAACAUUUCCGAAACAUUUUCAAUUAAAAAUUACACCUCUGGCUUUGGUUUUCACAGCUCUCGUCGACUCGGGCCCUCUGGUUGGAAAAAAAUCCGUCCGAGAUUUUUUGUUUUGCAGUCAACUCUUCCUGUCUGGAAAAAAAAAAAAAAAAAACAUCGCUCAAACCAAAAUGGCGGAGCAGGAGGAUGAAAGCAACUUGACAACACGAGUAGCGGAGGGAAACAGCGAAGCGCGGCAGCAAUGCACCGACCAGAUCCACAACAUCGACGGCGAGGUCGUGGCCCGUGUUACAGACAGCAGCGCCAGCUGUGUGGAGUUCACUGCUAAAGACUUCACCGCUAAAGAGUUCACCGACACCGCUGCUGCCAUUCCGGAGUACGUGCAUGUAGCGGCUGUAGCCGGAGUGGAGGGGACUGUGGACGGGAACUGUCAUGUAGUGAAUACCUAUGCGGUGGGGGACGGACUGCUGACAGAAGAGUGCAUUAAUAUCACAUCUUUCGUGGAAACGCCGGGCGUGGAGACGAUGACCAGCGUGGACUCUUCCGAUUUCACCUCCGUGACGGAGGAGCUGGUGGACGGCAUUGGUCACGGCUCUACUACCAGCACCAUUAUUUACGUCCAGCCCGAUGGCACUUUUGUGGAAGGGACGGGUCUGACGGCGGAAGAGCAGCAGCAGCUAGUCGAACAGCUGGCAAAACAGCAGCUCGUCGAAGUGACGGAGAACGAGGCUGCCCAUAUAUUCGAGACGCACCAGCACCAGCCUCACUUCAUACAGCACAGCGGCACCUUGGCGCCCGAGGAGCUGCAACAAGUGAUCGAGCAAGUUGCGAAAUCCAAUGCGCAGCAGCAGCAGCAGCACAGCAUCCUGUCACUGCUUCCCCAGGACGACCAGCCUGUGUCUCAGAGGAGCAUCAUGGUGUCUGAGGCUUCAUGCAUUUCUAUUGAGCCGAGCUCCAUAUUCACGUCGACUGGUCAGCUGGAGGUGAUGACCCCGCAGCCGCUGAGCAGCAUCAUGCAGAACGCAUCCCAGCAGCUGCAGAACGCAGCCAAGCAGGUCGCCCUGCAGCAGAGCCAGGCCAACAAUGGCACUCGCAUUUUACAGAAGAAGCAGCUGGAAACCAUCCGGAUCCAGGUUCAGAACCGACAGCCAGAGCCCACGGAACGCCCCCCGCUGGCGGUGUUCCAGCCGAGCGCCAGGGUGGGAGUGCCAGCAGGGCUGAACCUCAGCAGCCCCCAGAUCAUCCGGAUCCAGCCGGUGAUGGGGACGGGGCAGCAGCAGUUCUUGCUGCACAGCUCCACUGAACCCCCGAUUCAGCUGCUGGUCCAGAGACAAACCCCUCCGCUCGGAGCUGAACCCACAGCAUGCACGCUGCCCGUCAAGAACACUGUGAAUGGGAAAGCAGCCAGGCCCAGCGCGAGGGGCGCCGCGGCCCUUACCGUGUCCGCUGGACCGGACAGGAAGGAGAGGGACAGAGAGAAGAUGAAGCCCCAGAAGAUUAAAACACGGUCAGGCCGGAUAUCGAGGCCUCCCAAGUACAAGGUGAAGGAUUACAAGUUCAUCAAGAGGCAGGACCUGGCGGACGGGCACCAGUCCGACUCGGAUGACUACUCGGAGAUCAGCGAGGAGGAGGAGGAGGGGGGCGAGGAUGCCGGCAAGGGGGCCACGUCCAUUCACUUCAACCUCAAUCCCAAAGCGUUCAAAUGUGAAACCUGCGAGAAGGCGUACAUAGGCAGGGGGGGCUUGUCCAGACACUACAGGCUGAACCCUCCUCAUGGGCAGAAGAACGCUUUCCCCCCGGAGCCAGUGGGGUCUGUAAGCCUGCCAAGCGAGGACCUGUCUGCGGGUUCUGGUGUGACACCCAUUGAAGUGCACAGCACAGUGACAGUGACCUCUGAACAAGCCACCCCUGCAGAGGUACUGGACAGCAAGGACAAGCCAACAGCACUGCCACCAGCGCCCCCUGCUGCGCCAGCAGAAGCAGCAAAGCCAGCCCCGGAGGAACCACAAGUAGUGUCAGAUCCGACGCCUGCUGAACCCCCCUCUGUUCAGACAGUCCUGUCCUGUCCCGGGCCAGGGAAACCACGUGGUCCGGGGAGACCCAGGGGGGCCGGGAGACCGGGGCGCCCCAAAGUGUCAGGGAGGUCGGGACGUCCUGGGAGAAGAGCCCGACCCGGGAGGCCUCCUAAAUACCUGGGCGGGGUUUCCACAGAGCAGCAGAUCCAGAGAAGAAAAGCCAGAUUGAAAGAGAUAAUACAGCAGUGUGAUAAUGAAGAGCUAAUGGAACUGGCUCUACCACGACUGGCCAGAGUCAUGACGGUCUGGGAGUUCUUACUAAUGAAGGUUGAGAAAGGGCGUCCCUCACGCCCGCACUUCGCUGAUGUUUACAGGGAGUUUGAACAGCUACACAGCCAGGUGAAGAACAUGGCUGCUGAUCACUUCAGAUCCCCUCUUUCUCUGGGCUCCCAGCAGCCUCUGGAGAUUCGAGACACGUGGGUGUCUAAAUCACUGGGAAUUGAAGAGCUUUUGAAGAAGCAGAAAAGGCAGCAUCCUGGUCCGUUGUUGCAGUGUGUUGUGACAGUCUGUAAGGAAGACUCUCUCCCCUCACCCAGGAACAAGCAUGCAAUGGAGAGUGAAUAUGAAGGCCUAAUGCCCCCAGAAAAAAGGAUGAGGUUAGAAAACUGUGCAGGAGUCGUGAAUGGCAUCGAUCUCACUCACAAUGGACUACAGACUGUUGUGGAGGAAGUGAAUUUCACAGCCAUUACUGCAGGGCAAGGGCUCAGCAGGACUCCGAGUGACUCCUCCGCAUUGCCUCAAGGAGGCGCUGGUGAGACGAGUAAAUCCCUGCAAGCCGAUCCCAUCAGCACGACAGUAUUACAGAGUGGAAACGAGGAGCCCAGGAGCACGCAGGGGCACGCGAACGUGCUGCUUUACCAGCCGCUCGAGGGGGCAUUACAGGACUCCCAGAACCCUCUGGUGGAAGGAGAGUCUGGAGCGAGCGCUGCCGGCGAGGAACAGUCCGGGGUGUUUUCAGACUUUACACCAGAGGAGCUGGUCCAAGAACAACUGUCCAGCCACAGUGUGAAUGUUGAAAUGUCCGCUGAUGAACUAACCUGCCAGGUGGAGACUGACGAAGACAUGCUUCUCUCGACCGCUGCCAAAAUGAGUCCACAGGUCAGCUUUGUCAACCCAGAGUCCUCGGAGCCCCUGAAGGAGUCCGAUCUUGCCGAUCAGGUGCAGCUGCUGGAACGGGCUCUGUGCAGGGAUGUGGUUCCUUUGGACCAUUCGUACAGGACUCAGACCAGCGAACCAGAACCACCACCUCCCGAGCAGCAGCCUCGAACAGUGAAAUCCACUGGGGUUUGUUUAGGGAACGAGAUUGGUGGAGAAGCAGUGUGCAGUUUGCAGGGUGCAGGCCUGAGCGCGCUGGACAAGGAGAGCAGGGAUGAGAACGGCAGUGUGGAGCACACCGUUACUAUCGGUGGAACCGUCGAAUUUCAGCUCAGCGAUGAAAACCAGGAGCUGCUGACUCAGGGACAUGAUCAGAUUUUCAUCCAGACUUCAGAGGGCCUCUUCCUGCACCACGCUGGGGGCGCCCUGCCGUCAGAGGGGAUCGUGAUGGUGACGGACGCUGACGGCACCACCAUGCACAUCCGCACCCCCGAGGGCGUGUCCUUCGAGACCGUCCAGGCUCUGCUUGCCAUGGAGGCAGAGGGGCACAGCGAAGGCAUCUUGCUUUCGGAAACACAUCUGUGAACACUUUCCAAAUCUGAAGUAUAUUUUUGUAAUCUGAUAUUCAGGCUGAAGAAAAUACUUUUUAAAUUAUUUGUUCAUAAAUACACGACUUGGACUAGUUUUUAUUUGUAUUUUUUUUAUUUAUAUAUGUAUAUGUAUAAAACCAUUGACGGUUUGUGACUACAUUUUCAGCAUUACAUGAAUAGUCUCAUAUCUUUUCUAUUGAAGAUAUCCCUUUGGCAAAAAAAUAAAAAUAUAUAUAUAUGUAUCUCUGUGUAAAAAUGCUCACUGUAACAAAGUGUAAGAGAUGUUUUGAGGUAAAACAAAGUUCCUUUCUUGCA